AUAUUGAAAUAGUACAAAAUAAAAACCUAAGACGAAAAUGUUUUGUGGCUUUGUGUGUCCUAUGAAGUGCCAAAAACAAGACCAAAACUUUCCAACUUUCUAAGUCACACAAAUUCAAAAACAUUGUGAUGAACCAAGUGAAGCAAAUUCAUGGUUACACACUAAGAAAUGGCAUAGACAACACCAAAAUCCUCAUUGAGAAACUACUUGAAAUCUCAAACCUACACUAUGCCAAAUUAUUGUUACAACAUUCUCAAAAACCAACUGUUUUUCUUUACAACAAACUCAUUCAAGCUUAUUCCUCAAAAAACCAACACCAAUGUUUCACCCUUUACUCCCAAAUGCUCCUUCAUGGUCACUCACCAAAUCAACACACUUUCAACUUCAUUUUUUCUACAUGUAUAUCAACUUCAUCACUUACCAUUGGCCAAAUGAUUCAUACCCAUUUCACCAAAUCAGGUUUUCAACCUGAUGUAUUUGCUUCCACUGCUUUGCUUGAUAUGUAUGCUAAAUUGGGUGAUUUGAAAUGUGCAUGCCGUGUGUUUGAUGAAAUGUCUGUGAGGGAGUUACCCACUUGGAAUGCUAUGAUGGCGGGGUAUAUGAGGUUUGGUGAUAUGGAGAGUGCGUUGGAAUUGUUUCGGUUGAUGCCUUCGAGGAAUGUGGUGUCGUGGACCACUAUUGUAUCAGGUUACUCACAUAAUAAGCAGUAUGAAAAAGCUUUGGAGUUGUUUUUGAGGAUGGAGAAGGAGAAAGAUGUAAUUCCUAAUGACGUGACUUUGGCGAGUGUUUUGCCGGCUUGUGCGAAUCUUGGUGCACUUGAGAUUGGGCAGAGGGUUGAAGCGUAUGCAAGGAAAAAUGGGUUUUUUAGGAAUUUGUUUGUAAGCAAUGCUGUAUUGGAGUUGUAUGCAAAAUGUGGUAAGAUUGAUGUUGCUUGGAAGGUGUUUGAUGAGAUAGGUAUAUUCAGAAACUUGUGCUCUUGGAAUUCAAUGAUCAUGGGUUUGGCUGUUCAUGGACAAUGUCACAAGGCUAUUGAGCUUUAUGAUCAAAUGUUGAGAGAAGGAGCUUUGCCUGAUGACGUGACAUUCGUGGGGCUUCUCUUGGCAUGCACACAUGGUGGCAUGGUUGAAAAAGGCAAGCAUAUCUUCCUGUCAAUGACAAGAGACUUCAACAUUAUUCCCAAACUAGAACACUAUGGCUGCAUGGUUGAUCUCUUAGGCCGUGCCGGGAAACUAAAAGAAGCUUAUGAGGUGCUACAAAGUAUGCCAAUGAAGCCAGACUCAGUAAUAUGGGGUGCUUUAUUGGGUGCUUGCAGUUUCCAUGGUAAUGUUGAGCUGGCUGAGAUAGCAGCGGAGUCUUUAUUUACACUUGAGCCUUGGAAUCCAGGAAAUUACGUCAUUCUUUCGAACAUUUAUGCAUCAGCCUGCCAAUGGGAUGGAGUUGCAAAGCUCAGGAAGGUGAUGAAGGGAAGCAAGAUUACAAAGACAGCUGGACAUAGCUUCAUUGAAGAAGGAGGUCAAUUGCAUAAGUUUAUUGUGGAGGAUAGAUCCCACUCAGAAAGUAGCGAAAUUUUUGCGUUGCUAAAUGGAGUUUAUGAAAUGAUGAAGUUUAAUAGAAAUGAAUAUGAAUGCCAUUUGGAUAUUUUUCUUUGAUCAACCAAUCACAGGGAGUAGGAUUCAUGGUGGAUACACCAAAAUGCAACCAUGGACUUUUCCACCAAUCCCAUUUUGGCCAAGCAAAUGCGUUUGCGCAACGUGAUCAGUUUAAAAUCCUCACAACAGUCCAUUAUUGUGCGGUCACAGCUUAUCAAGAGUCGUGAAUCUUAUUCUUGAAAAAGAGCUCAACGCCUGGUUUGGCUCUUUCUGCAAGAUAAUCAUCUUUUGAAUAUAAUGAAAUCGUUCAAUAUCAUUACUAUCCACUUCAUAAAUCACAAAAUGUUACUUUUCUUUUGAUUGUUGGUUAAAAUCACUAUGAAAUAAAGAAAAUAAAGGGUUGCAGAAAGCCUCUUCCUGUUCAAACAUAUCAAGGUCAGGAAAGUGAACAAUGGAGGUGAAGAUCAAACUUAUGUUAAAUGGGAAGGAGAGCUUUUUUUAACUCAACAUGCAUUUAAUUUUGAUGUCACUGUCUCUCUGAUUUGGUGUUUUAUGUGUGUUUGUGAAGAUAGAAUCAUAGCAUAUGUUUGGUUCUGAGGCGCGUUCACCAAAAAAGUCACGAUGGAAACAGUCUAGGAUGCAAGUUUGAAGAAUCAAACACAACCAAACACAGGAAUAAUCCUUGGACUAACUCACAAGCUGAAUUGCAGGUACAGUAGCUUGUGAAAACUGCCCUUUUGUUUACAGCAAAAAUAAAUGAUUAAAUAAAAAAGUACUUUGAAAAAAAUUAUGGAAAAGAGAGAAGUAUAUUGAUAAAAGAGAUGUAAAAGUGUUGUUAGAACUGAGAAAUCAAUAUUCAUAUUUAAAAUAGACUUUCUAUAAUGAUUACAAAAGGUGACAAAUUUCUUGUCACAGAUUAAUGAACUGUUAUUUUCCUAAAAGCUACAGUAAAAAUUUAUCAAAGAAUUUGGCUUGAAGUGUCCAUUGAACUGAGAUUUCAUCAUGCUUCUUUCUGUUUUGUCUUCUUCCUUUGACUCCUCACCACUAAUUUUAGAAUCUCAUCAAUAAGAAUAACAGGUGCUGAUAUCAGAAUCACCAAAAACCACUCCUUUAAACUUAGUGGAGCAACACCAAACACCUCAGAGAGGAAUGGCAUGUAAAGUAUGAGACAAUGUAGUCCUAAAGAUAUUGUCAUGGCUACCAAAAGCCAAGGGUUUCUCCAAGGUGGUAAUGUCCUCAAGCUAUUCUCUUCUGAGAGAGCAUUCAAAGAAUUAAACAUCUCAAUUGCUACCAAGACAGAGAGAGAAAGAGUCAUGGCCUUGACUUUUCCAACUGAAAAAUAGUCACAGGGGUUUGAGAAUGUGAUUAAGCGACCGCCACCAGCGUCAAAUGAAGAAACGGUGAAAUUAGACCAUGAAGGACAUUCCCUCCAGUUGAGAAGCUGUGAUAAUUCUAUGACUGUGUGUCCAUCACUAACAAGAUUCAUGCCAAGAAAUGAUGCUUGUGUGUACCACAAGACAAAAAUGCCAACUGUUGCAAUUCCCACAUAUGAACCUAUUACCUGCAAUGAGCAUUAGUGUAUGAUUAAAUUAGCUUGAUGAAUUUAUGACAGACAUUGGCAUCAAAGUAAGGGUUCAAAUUUGUAUCGAAUUGAGAUACAACUCGCAUGUAUCGUAAGAUACUGAUAACCAUGGAUAAAAUUGAAGAGAUUUUGAGCUAAACUUACUAGGUAACGGAAAAGAACCCAAGCACUUAUAAGAGUGUCGUCACUUUUUCGAGGUGGCUUCUGCAUAAUAUCAACAUCAGCAGGGUUGAAACCAAGAGCUGUUGCGGGUGGACCAUCGGUGACCAAAUUCACCCACAGAAGUUGCACUGGUAUCAUACAUUCAGGUAUCCCUAAAGCAGCUGUCAAGAAUAUGGAUAUUACUUCCCCAACAUUUGAUGAUAUCAUGUACCUGAAGAAAGUCGAGUAAAUUUGAAUGACUUGUAUAGAUCAACCAGAUGUAAAAAUGUGGAAGGAAAAAAAAACUAACAUGCAUACCUUAUAAAUGCUUUCAUGUUAUUAUAAAUAGCGCGACCCUCAGCGAUAGCUGAAACAAUAGUACUAAAAUUGUCAUCUGCAAG